GUUCUCAAUUUUAACAAUUUAUGUCAGAGUGGCGCUCCUUACUACCCUAGGGAUUUUUGACCUUUUUUCUCUGCUAGUAAGGAAACAAGUUGAUGGUUGCCACAGUAUUUUUUGUACUUGUGUUUUCAAAAAGACUAAAAUGAGCACAAUUAUUCUCUAAUAAGUUUUUACAUUGAAAAGAAAGUAUUUUAAUGAAACUUUUUUUGAGGUGGAAGUUGAAAUUUCAAGUAUAUUGGCAAUACCUGUGUAAUAGUCAUUUUGGGAAUAGUUUUACAGGUGAGUAGUGAUGGUUCACUUAACACACUGUUGGCCAGUAACAUGGUUAACGACCUGGAGAAUAGGCUCUUACAUGAGAUUCUUGCAGUAUCUAGCAUUAUUUUGACCAUUCACCAAUUUGAGUAGUUGACUAAAUGGCAAUAGUUUGUUUCUGAGUGGAGGUUAUUGGAUGAAACAUUCAAAUGGUGUCAUUGGAAGUAUAUGAAGUUUUGAGGACUGCAGUCAUUGCAUGUGGGUGAACUAUGCAGUGAAUACUUGAUUUAUUGAGAUAUUUAAUUGCAUGAAUUGUUUUAAAUGAAAUGUCUUUUAAUAGUGUCCAGAUUUUCUAAAUCAUGCUGUCUCAAAGUUGGUACUAUUUCCAUUUUCAAGGAAAGUAAACGUACAGAACUUAAUUUCCUAACGGUCAUUUGUGGUGAAACUAGAUUUUGAAUUUGUAGUCUGCUCCUAAUUAUACCUGUGUGAAACCACAGUACAAGACAUUGAGAAUUGUUCUUAAAUCUGUCUCAAGAAAACUGCUUUCCAUGGUUCCUCCUGUACUAUGCACAGGUUGAGAGUCAGUUUUGCAGCAUUUAAUACCGUCUUGUGGUUUACACUGUAAGGUUAAUGGCUCUUUUCCAGUGUUGAACUACAAGAACGAUGUUAGAUGGGUUGUACGAAAGUGAGCAUUACAUUUGUGCUAUAAUCACGAGGUUCACAGUGUAGUUUGUAUUUUAAAAGAAGCUAGUGUAUUUGGGGGGUAUGUGGUAAAUGUUAAGCACCAGACGCUUUGGGAUAAGGGAAAGUAAGGUGCUGUGAAUCAGGAGGAAUCAACGUUUGGGUGAUAACUACAGGUUGAGGUCUAUCUCAUUACGCUAAACCAAAAAGUGGGAGGUGAUGGGAUUAACUGCCGGGACAUUUUCAAGUGUGGAUGGGUGAAAAGUGAUGGUGUGGACAGCUGGGGCCCUGUGCGCCUGCGCUUGCUUUGUGGCUCUGCGCUUGCGCUUUGUGGCUCCGCGCCUGCGCUUUGUGGCUCCGUGGCUCUGCGCGUUCUCCCGCCUUUUCCGGCGUCGCUUCGGUCCUUGGGCUCCGUGAGAGGGCGCUGAGAAACAUACUUGGGCCUGAGAUUUGUGAAGAUGUUGAGGCCUGAGGUCUCAUCAACUUCUCCUUCCGUUCCUGCGGCUUCCACCUCAUCGACAGAGGCUCGGUCACAAGGUCCCCGCUACAAUUUUGGAUUCCAGGAGACUCCUCAGAGCCGCCCUUCAGCCAAGGCCUCCACCUCCACCCCUCUGGGCACGUCUGGAGCCGCAGGCGACCGCAGCAGCAGCAGCAGUCUCCCUUGCCGUGCGCCCAGCACCUGGCCAGCUCAAGGUUCAUACUUUGGAAACAAAAGAUCUUAUGCAGGAAACGCAUUUGCAUCAAAUCUGACUUUUGAUACAAGCUCAUCUUCUGCACGAGAUAAUCAUCCUCAAAUACUAAAAACUCCAUUGUCUGCUGGAAAUCCUCAGAGAUCAGGUCAUAAAAGUUGGACACCGCAAAUGGGAUAUUCAGCUACAUCCUCAUCUGCAGUUUCUAUACACUCCCCAUCAGUUAUUGUAGCUGUUGUAGAAGGAAGAGGACUUGCAAGAGGAGAAAUAGGAAUGGCAAGUAUUGAUUUAAAAAGCCCACAAAUUAUAUUAUCUCAGUUUGCAGACAACACAACAUAUGCCAAGGUGAUCACAAAACUGAAAAUUUUAUCACCUUUGGAAAUAAUAAUGUCAAAUACUGCUUGUGUUGCGGGGAAUUCAACCAAGUUGUUUACUCUGAUCACAGAAAAUUUCAAGUGCGCUAAUUUCACUACCGUCCAAAGGAAAUACUUCAAUGAAACAAAAGGAUUAGAGUACAUUGAACAGUUAUGCAUAGCAGAAUUCAGCACUGUCCUAAUGGAGGUUCAGUCCAAGUAUUACUGCCUUGCAGCUGUUGCAGCUUUAGUAAAAUAUGUUGAAUUUAUUCAAAAUUUAGUUUAUGCACCAAAAUCGCUGAAGAUUUGUUUCCAGGGUAGUGAACAGACAGCCAUGAUAGAUUCAUCAUCAGCCCAAAACCUUGAAUUACUAAUUAAUAAUCAAGAUUAUAGGAAUAAUCACACUCUCUUUGGUGUUCUAAAUUAUACUAAGACACCUGGAGGGAGCAGAAGACUUCGUUCUAAUAUAUUAGAGCCUCUAAUUGAUAUUGAAACUAUUAACAUGAGAUUAGAUUGUGUUCAAGAAUUACUUCAAGAUGAGGAACUGUUUUUUGGACUUCAGUCAGUUAUAUCAAGAUUUCUUGAUACUGAGCAGCUUCUUUCUGUUUUAGUCCAAAUUCCAAAGCAAGACACGGUUAAUGCAGCUGAAUCAAAGAUAACAAAUUUAAUAUACCUAAAACAUACCUUGGAACUUGUGGAUCCUUUAAAGAUUGCUCUGAAGAACUGUAACACACCUUUGUUAAGAGCUUACUAUGGUUCCUUGGAAGAUAAGAGGUUUGGAAUCAUACUUGAAAAGAUUAAAACAGUAAUUAAUGAUGAUGCAAGAUACAUGAAAGGAUGUCUGAACAUGAGGACUCAGAAGUGCUAUGCAGUGAGGUGUAACAUAAAUGAAUUUCUUGACAUAGCUAGAAGGACAUAUACAGAGAUUGUAGAUGACAUAGCAGGAAUGAUAUCACAGCUUGCAGAAAAAUAUGGCCUUCCUUUAAGGACAAGUUUUAGCUCUGCUCGAGGAUUUUUCAUCCAGAUGACCAUAGAUUGUACAGCCCUACCCAACAACCAACUUCCUUCAGAGUUUAUUAAGAUUUCUAAAGUGAAAAAUUCUUAUAGCUUUACAUCAGCAGACUUAAUUAAAAUGAAUGAAAGAUGCCAAGAGUCUUUGAGAGAAAUCUAUCACAUGACUUACAUGAUAGUGUGCAAACUGCUUAGUGAGAUUUAUGAACACAUUCAUUGUUUAUAUAAACUCUCUGACACUGUAUCAAUGCUGGAUAUGCUACUAUCGUUUGCUCAUGCCUGCACUCUUUCUGACUACGUUCGGCCAGAGUUUACUGAUACUUUAGCAAUCAAACAGGGAUGGCAUCCCAUUCUUGAAAGAAUAUCUGUGGAAAAACCUAUUGCCAACAAUACCUAUAUCACAGAAGGGAGUAAUUUUAUGAUCAUAACUGGACCUAACAUGAGUGGGAAAUCUACAUAUUUAAAACAGAUUGCACUUUGUCAGAUUAUGGCCCAGAUUGGAUCAUAUGUUCCAGCAGAAUAUUCCUCCUUUAGAAUUGCUGAACAGAUUUUUACAAGAAUCAGUACUGAUGAUGAUAUUGAAACAAAUUCAUCAACGUUUAUGAAAGAAAUGAAAGAGAUAGCAUAUAUUCUUCAUAAUGCUAAUGACAAAUCACUUAUAUUAAUUGAUGAACUUGGCAGAGGCACUAACACAGAAGAAGGUAUUGGCAUUUGUUAUGCUGUUUGUGAAUAUCUGCUGAGCUUAAAGGCAUUUACGUUGUUUGCCACACAUUUUUUGGAGCUAUGCCAUAUAGAUGUCUUGUACCCUAAUGUAGAAAACAUGCAUUUUGAAGUUCAACAUGUAAAGAACAACUCAAGAAAUAAAGAAGCAAUCUUGUAUACCUACAAACUUUCUAAGGGACUCACAGAAGAAAAAAAUUAUGGAUUAAAAGCUGCAGAGGCAUCAUCACUCCCACCAUCAAUUGUCUUGGAAGCCAAGGAAAUCACAACUCAAAUUACUGGACAAAUUUUGCAAAACCAAAGGCGUAUCCCUGAGAUGGAAAGACAGAGAGCUGUGUACCAUCUAGCUACUAGGCUUGUUCAAACUGCUCGAAACUCUCGGUUGGAUCCAGAUAGUUUACGAACAUAUUUAAGUAAUCUGAAAAAGAAGUAUGAAGCAGAUCUUUCCAGGGCCGAACAAGUUUCAGAAAGGACUGAAGAAUAAUAACAAGUCAUAUCUUAUACUAAUGAAAUAAUAUAUCUUAAUAUGAGGAACCUAGAAUUCAUUUUUCUAAAGAGCAAAAGAAAAUAAUAUUUGAUAAAUUUUAUUUUUAGUUGACAGUUGCAUUAUAUUAACCUCAGAAUUAUCAUCUAUAUAGGUUAUAGAAGAAAAUAUUUGUUAUUAUAAUUUAAUGAGAACUAUUUAGAGGACUGAUUUUUAAAAAUAAGUUGGUAUAAUGUGACACUUUUUCAUUUAUGAAAAUUUAUGUUAUUAAGUCUUAAAUUUAUUUAUAUUUACAAGUUAUGGUUUAAAAUGUUAUUGUCAAUACCUUAGUUAAGAAAUAAACAACUUUCUUUUUAGGUCUG